CCCUCUCGAGCGCUGCUCACGCGCACACUGCAAAACAAUAUCUAUAUAGCGUAUAUUCAGCACUCGGGCGAAGAAGCGCGCACUCGAUGCCCGCAGACGCCGUCGCUCAUUCUCCCUCUCACUUUGAGAAGCAGAACCAACCUAGCACUUCCGCUUCUGCACCCGCUUCCGCACAACCCGACUCCUCGCGCCCAACAUCAACAAAUGCGCCCUCCGAAUACAUAAGACUCCACAUCACACCCUUCAGUCCAGCGCUCCUGAAAGUCUACCUCGCGCCCUCGGUCCUGCCGCUCGCCAGAAACAUCUCGUACCACGUCGUCGAAACGUUUCCGGAACGGGGCUUCGGAUACGUCGAUUUGCCGGUCAUGGAGGCGCAGAAGGUGAAGAAGAAGUUGAACGGUUCGACGCUCAAGGGGUCCAAGGUCAAGAUUGAGAAUGCGAAGCCUGAGAAGCGGAAGGCGCUGGCUGAGGCGGACGCGGCGGAGAAGGAGAAGCCGGCGAAGCGGGUGAAGAAGGAGAAGAGUAGAAGGAAGAAGGAGCAGGGGGUGUUGGAGGGGGUCGAGUUGCCCGAGGGGAGGAAGGUGAAGAGGGGGUGGACGGAGACGGCGGCGGAGAAGAAGAAGGCGAAGAAGGAGAGAAAGGACAAGAAGGAGAAGAAGGCUGCGAGGAAGGAGUCAAAGUAUACGAAGGAGCCGGAGCUGCUGUUUCAUGCCAAGUUGACGCCCGUUGCGGCGAAUGAGCUGUUGCACAAGGAGAAGAAGAAGGAGAACAAGGAAAAGAAGGAGAAGAAGAAGAAGAAGAAUCCGCGUGAGGUUGUGAUUCACGAGUUUGAGCACAACACCAAGACGCCUAGUUUCCUGAAGACUUCGCAGGUAGCACCCGACCCGAAACCAGCUGUCGAGUAUAUCAACGGAAAGGGAUGGGUGGACGAGGACGGCAACGUCGUAGAGGCAGAAACUGGCAAGGCGAGGAACAGGAGACUAUUAGAGCUGGUAGAACCGGCACCUGCUGCAGACAACCCGACCCAGCCCACGGGCAUUGCUUCUUCCCCUAAAUCCAAAACCAAACCUGAGAAGAAGAAGAGCAAGAAGAAACAAGUCACUCCUACUCCACUGCCAUCAUCCUCCGAAUCCUCCGACGACGAUGCCGAAUCCUCCGUCGUCUCUUCCUCCUCCGACGAAGAAGAAUCGUCAUCCUCGGACUCCGACUCCGAAUCCUCCGUAGACGACGCCUCCUCCACCCGCGCCUCUCCCACCGCCAACACAAGCACUCUCCCAGACCUGACCCUAACCGCAUCCUCUCCCCCCGCCACCAGCACCCCCAAGCCAGAACCCCAGAAAGACCAGACGAAACAAGUCCACCCCCUAGAAGCCCUCUUCAAGCGGCCCAAACCCCCCACUCUCUCCCCCGCCGCAAACACUACCACGUCCUCCACGCCCGGCAAAACCCUCGCCCCCAUCAAAACCGCAUUUAGCUUCUUCGACAACGAUGGCGAUGGUGACGCCCAAGGGGAAGGCGACGCAACCACUGCUAAGCCGCCCAUGACGCCCUUCACGCAGCGGGACCUUGAGUGGCGCGGCUUGAGGAGCGCGGCGCCUACGCCGGAUACAGCUGCUAUUGGGCGCAAGUUUUCGUUUGAUUGGAGGAGGGAGGGGAGUGCGGAGAGUGAUGAUGAGGAUGAUGGGGAUGGGGAUGAGGAAGGGGAUGAGGAGAUGAGGGGGAAUACGGUGGCGAAUAUGCACUUGGAUGAUGAUGGAGAUGAAGACGCUAGGGAUGCGAAUGCGGAUGCGGAUGCGGAUGGUGUAAAGGGCGGAGAGCAGGGGGAGGGUGAGGGCCAGGCGGAAGAGUCGGCGUUCGGGAAGUGGUUUUGGGAAGCCAGGGGGGACAGCAAUCGCGCGUGGAAGAAGAGGAGGAGGGAGACGCUGAAGGCGAAGCGGUUGAGGGAGAAUAGGAGGUUGACGGGUGGGAGGAAGGUGUGAGAUGCGUUGGCUGUGGUGUGGUGUGUUGGGUGUGGUGUUGCUGGAUAGAUGCACGGCCGAAACAUAGUGACAGCAAAAUGUAGGGAUCUUUUACCGUUGUUUGAUAUCUUUUUCCUUCUCUUGAGGCGUGGCGAGGUGAGCGGGUAUGGUUGAUUUUCAUUCAGUUGUGGAUUAAUUCACAAACACGCGGUCUUCUGUUCUACCUUGAUGUGCACACUUUGUAUAGACUUCUUGCUGGUAC